CACAGCCCAACCCAGCCUUUUAAUCCAGCUCUUCCCAACGCUUAUUCCAUGCAAAAUGACACAUUCUUGCGUAUGUCUGCUGUCCACAGCGUGCAUUUUCUGCACGCUCGCGGUAUGACUCACCCUGACAUGUGUGAUAUCGCUGUGCUCAUGCCUCAGGUUCAUCAAGCAAUAUAAAAAGGACACUACCACCACUAGCGCCCUCGAGCAAGACCUUCCGAAUCUAGCAGCACAAAAUAAAGAUAUGACUGAACAACCGACGACGACGACCCAGCAACCUUCCGCAGAGCAAGAUGCAGCAACACAACAAAAGCUCUCUCAAUUAAAGGAGCCCGUUCAUGAAGAAAUUUUGGACCAUGAACCUUCUACCCACACCAGAGUUAUUGCCAUUGCGCUAGAUCAUUCUGAGUACAGCGCAUACGCCUUCAAGUACACCCUCGAAAACAUUGUCAAUCCCAAAACAGACCAAGUCGUCCUCCUCAAUGUCCGCGAUAUCGUCAACAUACCGAGCUCAUUUGGACUUGUUUAUAUGGACACGGGAGGUGCGAAUGCGUUUGAUUGGAUUGACCGGACCGAGGAUGAAAACAUGGCUGCUUCACAUCGGCUAUUGAAACAAUUUGGAGCACAGGUUCUUAAAGCUGGGGCCAAAUGCCGAGCUAUAGCACUCCGCGGCGACCCUCGUGACGAACUCGUGUACAAGACCAAAGAGCUUCAUGCGGAUUUAUUUGUGAUUGGAUCAAGAGGGAUGGGUGCUAUUAAACGCACGUUUUUGGGCUCUGUUUCGGACUACUGCGUUCAUCAUUGUGCGUGUCCGGUUUUGGUCGUGAGGGCUCAAGAGCAGGAAAAGAAUAAGAAGGCUUGAUGUGGAGUGCCCACAUAUUUUCAGUUUCAUCAAAGAGUGGAAAUUCCAUUGUAUUUUUUUUGUUGUUGUUGUUGUUGUUUUAGCUAGCAAUCUAUAUGUCAUAAUGUCAUACCGUUAUCAUUAAAGCGAUACUGCUUUACCAUUUCCAAAAAGUAGGAGAUCGGGCAGAUUUGAAAUAUCUAUGCGCCAUAUUGCUCGGUUUCAAACCUUUUUAUUAAAUUCAAAUCCUCAGUCUUCUGGGCAGC